AUGGUUACUGAUCUGGCUGACGAGGUGCCGCAGCGACAGCAAGAGCUGCUGCCGCGAGCGCCGCAGUUCCAGGAGGAAAGCCGCCACGUCGAGACGCAGCAGUCGCCCCGUGCUCAGCUGGCGCCCGUGCCGCUGCCUUCGAAGUCGGCGCAGGAGAUCCAGGCCGAGUACUUUCGCAGCCAGCUGUUGGCCUCGGCCACGGUGGCCCGCGAACGGUACGCCGAACUCGACACCGCGGCUCAGACCGCCGUUGCGACCGAGGAGGAAGCGCCGCAGCAGCCGCUGCCCAAGCCCCGUCUCGCCAGGCCUCGCCCGCACAGGAGGAGGAAGCGCCCAAAGAAGACAACCACCACCACCACGACCACCACAGAGGCUCCCGCACAGGAGGCGAAGAGCGAGGAAGCUUCCGGAGCGGAGGAGCCAAUAAUUGAAGCGGCGGCACCAGAAGCUCAGCCUUCGCCGCCUCCUCAGCGCACCUCUCCUAUACUUAGACCCCGGAAACUUCACCGACCACCCUUGGCUCACCUACCCCCGCAGGGACAACGCCAGACUUCAGUGCAAGGACCGCUUCCUCUUCAGCCGCCACCUUUGGAACAAGGACCGCCACUGGCCCAGUUCCCAAUACCGGAAGUGCGACGACCCGCUCAACUGCAGCGGGUGGCGACCGAGCAGCAAGGGGUGCCUCAAGAUCAAAGGCCCGCCCAAGGUCACGGAGCUCCUCAUGUCGUCCAAAGGCAGCGCCGACCUCCUACAGCCGCAGCACCCCCACCGGUUCAAGAGCGUCAGCCACAGGGGGCGAGAGACAUAGAAGUACACAGGGCGCCUCAGAGGGUCUUCGGUUCGGCACAGCGUCACUCUCAGGUUGUACGUGAACCAGAGGUUCAGCGAGCCCCACCUGCGCGGUCCGAACCAGCCAUCGAGCCCCAAGCGCCACCGCCGUCUCUAGUGGACUCACCCCACGGCAAUGCGGGAGGAACAACCUUCGGAUUCGGCCAGCGGCUUAGCGGGAGGCGCACUUCGCAGACAAUUGUGGCUCAGUCCGACCAAAGCCGUGACCCCGAUGUCCAGGCGGAGGAGCGACCGACUCCGUCACCGCGCCACAGGAGCCGCUACCACACAACGAGGAGGACUCGCCGACCCACUCUGUCGAUAGAGUCCGAGUUUCCCGACUUCCCGGUCACCAGGGCGCCGCACCGAGCCGCUGCCGGUCUGCCUUCCAAGAGAAGGCGAGUGAAGGUUUCUAGACCGGUUCAGCUAUCCCAGAUUUCCCCCGCGGAAGAAGUCACAACGCCUGCACCUACAACAACGACAACUCCAGAGCCUCCGCCGGCUACGACUACCAGCAUAGCGACACCCGCUACAGCUCCAGUAGUCACUGUGGCUUCUACGCCUGGACUGGUGACUCCCGUGUUCCCUUCGGCUGAGCAGUCGUUCUACAGAACACACGGCCUUCCGCAGGGCCCUUAUAACACGUACGGUGAAGGCGUCACGUUGCCCCAGCGACCGUUCACUCAGCCUUCUCCGUUCACUCCCCCAGUCACCGUGGCAGAAACACCGACGGUGACUCCGGCACCAAGAGAAACCCCAGCUCCCGCAAAUCGGGAGCCUGAUAUCCCACCGCAGAGGACUGUAGGCCGGCCGAUUGUAGAUGUGCCGCAGCAGGGACCACAGCUGGGACAACCGGGAGCAUUCCCACUGCACCCUCAACGCCAAGUGUUUGGACACUCCUCUUUGCUGCCUGGACAGGCUCCACCCCACCUUAAUUCUCCAUUCCCUCAAAGGCCUGUCUAUCAGCUACCGGGAUUCACUCCUGGACAAAGCCCUCCCGGUCGGCAGCACUAUUUUCCGCCCCUUGGAGCACCGUUCGUGCCCCGAAAUAGUACAUUUGUGCAAGACGUUCCGGUGCCAGGCCAGCCGAGGACGGUGCUACCAGAAGCGGCUGCGGCGCCGUCUCUUAGGAACAGGACAUCUGAGGCAUUUCCCCUUCCAGUCCAACGAAGCUUCGUUGACACCUCCGCGCAAGGCGGUUUCAGACAGCAAGGGCCGGCGUUGGCGAAUCCAUACUCUUCUGUACAACCCGCUCACGUGUUCGGACCUCCUCCUGGCAGCGUUCCUCCUUUCGGUGGAUUUCCCGGCCAGUAUCCCGGGGCUCAAUUCCGCGGUGCCCCACCACCGGGACUAGUCGAUCCCCAGUUCCGCGGUCAUACACAGCUGCCACUGCCGAACCAGGCUGCCGCCGCAUCCCAGACGACGCCGAGUCAACAGCAGAAUAGUUUCGUCACGGAGGCGACGCCCGGUGUAACUCAAGUAGAUGAUUUGCGAACGACGCCCUUGUCGUUAAGCACGCCUUCUACACCAGCUGAGAACCAGUAUCUUGACGAUGUUGGGACUACCCUGCAGCUGCCCACCCCUGCUCCACCUGCAGCGCCCUCGCUAUCCACGCUCAGGGGCGACAGGACAACGGCGGCGCCAUUCGAGUACCAGACGUCGAGACCUUCCGUCCUACAAUACCAGCCUCCAUCGCGACCAAGCGUGCAGUUCGCUACUUCGCCUGCCGUGCCGCAGUAUCAGACGACGCCGAGGCCGACGCCGCAGUUCCAGCAGUCUCUCGAACCGCAGCAGCGAACAACUUCUCCAGCUCCCCAGUCCCAGCCGGCUGCCCCUGAGGCGCCGCCUUCUAGCCAGAGCCAUUUUAGGCUCGGCGUCCCGCAGCAGCAGCAGCAGCAGCAGCAACAACAAAACACGAUCGGUGCGCAGCCGCAGUACAACACCAUAGGAGGUACACAACAAGGCUACGACCCCUACCAGCAGCAGUUCGGAGGCGGAUAUCAAAUUGGAAACACCCUGUUCAGCCCUGUACAGCAAUCGUCGCAGGACCUGGGAGGAGGCUACCAGUAUCCAGAUUCAGGUCCAUUCCAGGCGCAGUUUGGAGGCCCCUAUCAACCUCAAUAUAGCACUGUCGACGACUACUCACAAUACCAGUCAUCCGUUGGCCUAGGAGACAUCAGAGGUAGUGGGACAAGUCAGCAGGGAUACAGGGCAACAACACCUCCCGUCAUCGACAGAACAUUGCUUUCAUAUGACAUCGGGGUUCCUUUGAGGUCAUAG